CCUCGGCUCUACAUAAACUUUUUCCCCGAAGUUUAUCGCCUCGCAACUCUUUCCCUCUCUCUCAAGGUUUAGGGUUUUACAAGGGAAUCCCUCUCUUCCUCAGUUUCUCUAUCUUCAUUGUAACUCUCUCGGUAUGCCCCAUUUUCUCGAGGUUCAGCGUUUUGGAGCAAUAAGACAUUGAACAUGAAGGAUCGAAAUCGUAAGAGAUCAUCCCUUUCAAAUGGAGCCAGGAAGAAACAGAAGGUUUCUUUUAAGAAAGACUCUUUCUUUGAGUCUGGACCGAAGCGAAAAAAAAAAUCAGAUGAAGCUUUGAUCAGUGAAGAAAGUGAAGAUGAAGCUGGGUUCUCACAAAACAGCGAGGAAGAGGAAUUAGGGCAAGAAAACACUGAAACAGCAGCUGAGAAACGUCUAAUAUAUGCCAAAGAUUAUUUGGAAAGGAUUAGGGAGUUAACAAAGGGACAGGCCGAGGAUGAAGAAGAAGAAGAAGAAGGGAUUGGUCAAGAAACUGAAGCUGAGAGGCUUGGCAAAAGGGAUUCUUUGGUUGCAGAGCUUUUGCAGCAAGAACAACUUGAGGAAAGUGGGCGUACUCGGAGAUUGCUUGCGUCGAGGGUUCAAAAGCCAAAGGCUAUUGAGGAGUUUCAUGUCCUAAAAAGACAUCGGCAGUCUGUGACUGCAGUUUGCUUGGCAGAGGAUGACAAAAAGGGAUUCUCUGGUUCCAAAGAUGGGGCAAUUCUUUGUUGGGAUGUGGAAAAUGGAAAAAGUGAGAAGUAUCAAUGGCCAAACCACGAAACAUUGAUUUCUCAUGGAGCAAAAAACCCUCAAAACCCUUCAAUAAAAUGGAGCAAACAUGUUCUAGCAUUAUCUGUCAGCUCUGAUGGUCGCUAUCUCGCCAGUGGUGGCCUAGAUAGGCAUAUCCAUUUGUGGGAUACUCGUACAAGGGAGCAUAUUCAGGCAUUUCCAGGUCAUAGGGGACCGGUGUCUUGUCUAGUUUUCAGGCAGGGCACUUCACAGCUUAUGUCAGGAUCUUUUGAUCGCACUAUUAAGCUGUGGAGUGCUGAAGACAGGACUUACAUGGACACGUUAUUUGGUCACCAGAGUGAGAUACUAACAAUUGAUUGCCUUUGGAAAGAACGUGUUUUGACUGCUGGUCGUGACAGAACCUUGCGUUUGUUUAAGGUUCCAGAGGAAUCACAAUUAGUCUUCCGGGCACCUAAUGCAUCUAUGGAGUGUGCCUGUUUUGUCAGCAAUGAGGAGUAUCUGUCAGGCUCAGAUGAUGGAAGUAUUGAGCUUUGGAGCAUGCUAAGGAAGAAGCCCACAUGUAUAGUGAAAAAUGCCCAUAGCUUGGACAACCAUCAAAACGAUUUAGAGAAGAAAGAUGGAGUGAUUUCAGAAAAUAACCAUUCCAUGCCAGUAAGCUCCAGUUCAUCAGUGCAGUCGUGGGUCGGAUCAGUUGCACUUUGUCGAGGAAGUGAUCUUGCUGCAUCAGGAGCUGGCAAUGGCAUGGUUCGCUUAUGGGCAAUUAAUAAUGUUAAUAAAAGCAUUCAGCCUUUGUAUUAUGUACCCCUGGUUGGUUUUGCAAAUUCCCUCGCUUUUGCAAAAUCUGGGCGCUUCCUCAUUGCCGGAGUUGGACAGGAACCGCGUGUGGGUAGAUGGGGGCGCAUCCCAUCUGGCCUAAAUGGAGUAGCGAUUCAUUCCAUUAAGCUUGCAGAUUAGGAAUCCAGUUUUUCCAUGAGAAGUAAAAUUUUGGCCGAGUUUUCGUUUUUUUCUGGCUUCCGGAAGAUUAGAAGCAGAUAACCAGUUUUGUAGAGGCUUUUGAUUGUAAAGGUGGAGAGCUUUUGAUUGUAAAAGGUGAGAGAGCAUAUGAUUUCAGCUGUUCUCAUCUAUCGUGUAUUUCAUGAUCUUCCCCUUAUAUGGAUUUUUAGUUUUCUAAUAAUCAUUAUUUAUAUUUCUUUUCAAGCAUGUGAGCAUCCACAGUUUUGAACUUCUAACUGUUCUUUUGGUAGGUAGAAAUACAGUUCCUAUGAGCUUUAGGUUGUAAAAUGGCAGGAAUUUGAAAUUCAGGGCAUAUGUCAGCUGGUG